CGAUGGUACAGCAAUUAAAUCGAUGGAUCUCAAUGAAUUAAAGGCAAUAGAUCUUGUUUAUGGUCAAGAUCGAAGUUUUUUUAAUCCUCUUUUAAUAGGAUCUGUUAAGUCAAACAUUGGUUAUACAUUUAAUAAUAAUGCAAUAAAUUCGAUAAUCAAGGUACUAAUUGCUAUGGAGACCGGAGUUAUACCUCCGAAUCUUCAUUAUUCCGAGCCUCCAGUAGAGGCGCAAUGUCUUCAGGAUCAACGCGUAAAAGUCAUUACAAAACCAACACCUUGGACGGAUUGUUACGCUGCUGUUAACACGGCAGCUUUAAACGGUUCCUUUUGA